AUGUCUCGAAACGGAAAACAAGUCUCUAACCACGUAGAUACUGCUGGUGAAGGUACUUCGGUCAAACCCUACUGUUGCGAGGAAUGUGGAAAACUGUUUGCCACGAGCAGAUACCUUGCAACGCAUAAACGCACCCACAUGGGCCAAAAGCCCUACAGUUGCAACACGUGCCUGAAAACAUUUUCCUGUCGGAACAAUCUUCUGAGACACGGGCGAACCCACACCGGUGAGAAGCCCUUCAGUUGCGGAUCAUGUUCCCAACGUUUCUCUCAAAGGACUACCCUCACCCAGCACGAGCGGACCCACACAGGCGCGAAGCCCUACGCUUGCGAAGUGUGUUUGAGAGCUUUCAGGACCAAGGGACACCUUUUGACGCACAAGCGGAUCCACACCAAAGAAAAGCCGUACACCUGUGAAAUUUGUUCGCAAGCCUUCAGUCACAAGGACAGUCUUGUCGUGCACGGGCACAUGCACACGGGAACAAAACCCUUCGGCUGCCAAUUGUGCCCUAGAGCUUUCUCCAAGAAGUACAACCUCACCGUACACGAGCGGUCCCACGCAAACACGCGACCCUUCAGCUGUGACCUGUGCUCGAAAUCUUUCAUCCAAAAGAGCAGUCUAACGGUACACGUGAGGACCCACGGGAACGUUAAGCCUCACACCUGUAAAGUGUGUGGUAAAAAUUUUACUAGGAAGCAUUACCUGGCACUGCAUGAGUUGGCCCACUCGAACGUGAGGCCAUACAGCUGCUUCGAGUGUUCACGAAGUUUCACCUGUAAAAGCAAUUUUGAACGGCAUAUAGGCUACCCGCACGUCCAUGACUGCAGCGAGUGUUUACUGAUCUUUAUUCGGAAGUGCGAUCUCGAAAGCCAUAUGGUCUACCAGCAUUCUCUUCUUAAGUAG